AUGGCGGACACGACGAUGAAGAGCGCGGCGGGUAGCGGCAUCAGAUGCUGCUAUGAAGCGCACGACGAUGUCGCGCAUGCUGCGCGCAGCCUCUUCUACGAACUGGACAACCCAACCCACCUCACAUCAUCUCCCUUCUCGCUACAGGAGCAGAGGGGAAUCGUGGCGUCCAUCCGCCGGCGAUGGUCGUGCGUGGCGGCCAUCCACGCCCACCUGGCCGCCUACAAAACCUCCCCCCGCGACCCCCUCGGCCGAACCCUAGCGCCUCCCCACUUCCCCUCCCCUCGCGCCGCUUCGCUCUCUCCCGAACACAACCGCCGCCAUGCGCCGCUCGAUCCCGCGGCCACCGGCGCCCCUACGCCCGAGAACCUUGCCUGGGAGGCGUGCCGGCCGUCGCCUCUUCUUCCUCAACCAUUGGUUAAAGCCGGGGCGAUCUACAGCGAAGGAAUCGGGUCCUUCUUCGUCCUCGGCCGCGGCUUCUUCCCCGACGAACCCCGGCGCCGUCGGUCCUCCUCGAGCCCGCUGCCCUCCCCUACUGAACCACAGUUGAUGCAACCAGAUGUCGGAGCCCAGGAGCCAGAUGCCACCGCGAUGCUUACUACUACGUGGAGGCCGCCGACGACUAGGAGUAGUUAGGAGGCUCCC